GUGGCGAUUCGAAGGUGGGUGCUCUGGCAACGCAGGCAGAGCUGGCGGCCGCCGAAAUGCGGAUUGGUCGUCAGCUUGCAAAUGAAGUUAUCGAGAUCAACAUGGAGUUAGAGGAGUUGCGGCAUGUCGUCGCAGACAAGGCAACGGUGGAAGGCUUGAAGACAGAGCAUUCCUCGCGCUUUUAUGAGUUGGACAACUCUGUGGCGGAACUGAGCAAAGGUCUCAAGGAGAUGUCGUCGGAGUUGCAGGCUUCUGUCGAGCAGUCGCGACAGACGUUCGCCACCCAAGCGGACCACCGUCAGUCAUGUGAGCAGCACGCACGAGCUGCUGCUGAGCUGGCAAAGCGUGCCGGCGAGGCAGCCACGUCCCUGCAGGCCCUGGAGGAGGCUCGGGUGCUGGUGGCGGAGUCCGUCGCCGCGUGCGAGGGGCGUGUGGGCCAGCUGGAGUGCAAUGGCCAGGUUCACGAGCAGUGCAUUGACGGCCUGCAAACGGACUUGGCCGGCCACGAGAAGCGUUGCUGGGAGGCUUUUGCUUCCAAGACAACGGUGCAGCAGGCCUUGUCAGUGGCCUCCGAAGCCCAUACGAAGCUGGAUUUUGCCAUGAUGGAUCGUGCCACCCUUCGCCGGACGAUGACGGAGGAGUUUGACAUGCUGAAGAAGACCAUCUUUCGCCAGCAGAAAGCCUUCCGGGACAUGGAUGAAGCCGUGGACUGUGUGAACGAACAUAAACAGCUGAUCAAGCGAUUUCGGGAAGAGCUACGCCAGCAGGAUAAGCGACUUGAGGAUUUCGCAAAACGUCUGGAUUUGCAAGACCGAAAUUUCCACCAAUUGGCUGCAGAGCAUCAGCACGACGUUGACCACUUGGAGGACGUUUGUGGAAGCCUGCAGCGAAGCUUCAAUGACCAAGUAUCACAAUGCCAGGCGACUGCCGAGUCAAUGAGCCAAUCCAGUACCAGGAUCUCCUUGGAUCAAAUGGACAAGAGCUUGGCUCUGAGGCAGUCGCUGGACAAGUUGCAUGAAGAUCACGAGCAUCUUAAAAAUGCGGUGCUUGGUGCAGACGUGGCUCCGGAGCAGGCAGAUGCUGUGACGCCGGCGGAGUGA